AGAAACAAACUGAGAAAAAAACAAGAUCCAGCUGCAAUUGCUCUAGUAAAAAUGGCCUUCUUUUCUAAGGCCAUCUUUGCUGUCUAUAAUGCUCCAAAAAAGAUCCCACAUAUUCAGCUUACUCCUAAGCCCUCUUCUCAACAAUGGAGCACUGCCCAAGAUCAUGGCUUGCUUUCAACUCCCUUGCACCUAUUAAACUCCAAAACUAACUAUGCUAAUACAAUUACUAGGGAGGAUGAUGACAUUUGUUUCCUACAUGCACGAAAGCUGGACGUGUUCAGGCAUGUACUGAGCAAACUAGGAGAAGAAGCAGUUGAGGGUUUGAACAUGAUCGAUGCUGUUCAACGGCUGGGUAUUGACCACCACUUUCAAGAAGAGAUUGACCAAAUUCUUCAAAAACAGCAUUUGAUCAUCACCUCCGGUAGUGCUGAUGGAGUUGAUCAUCACAGUGAUCUUCAUGAGGUGGCAGUUCGCUUUCGACUGCUCAGACAACAGGGUUACUUCGUGCCUGAUGAUGUGUUCAACAAAUUCAAAGAAAGCGAAGGAAGCUUCAAGCAAAUGUUGAGUGAAGACAUUAAGGGAUUGAUGAGUUUAUACGAAGCUUCACAGCUAAGUAUAGAAGGAGAAGAUACACUUGAAGAAGCUGGACAAUUUAGUUGGCAUCUCCUAAAUACAUCCUUGUCACAUCUUGAUCAUCACCAAGCUAGAGUUGUUGGACACACAUUGUCCAAUCCCCAUCACAAAAGUUUGGCCACUUUCAUGGCCAAGAACUUUUUUGCUACUAAUUCCCGAGGCACGAAUAAUCGAUGGUUAAACAUCUUACAGGAAGUGGCCAAAACAGAUUUUAAUAUAGUCCAGUCCCUACACCAGAAGGAAAUUGUUCAAAUUUCCAAGUGGUGGAAAGAGCUGGGAUUGGCUAAGGAAUUGAAGUUUGCCAGAGACCAACCAGUUAAAUGGUACAUAUGGUCCAUGGCAUGCCUAACAGAUCCAAACUUGACAGAGGAGAGGGUUGAGCUCACAAAACCCAUAUCAUUCAUCUAUUUGAUUGAUGACAUUUUUGAUGUUUACGGGACGCUUGACGAGCUCACUCUCUUCACAGAGGCUGUCAAUAGAUGGGAAAUUGGUGAUAUAGAGCACCUACCAGACUACAUGAAAAUAUGCUUCAAGGCUCUUCACGAUAUGACGAAUGAAAUCAGCAGCAAGGUCUAUCAGAAGCGCGGCUGGAACCCGUUACGCUCUCUAAGAAAGACGUGGGGGAGUCUCUGCAAUGCAUUUUUAGUAGAAGCAAAAUGGUUUAAGUCUGGGCACUUGCCCAAAGCAGACGACUACUUAAAGAACGGGAUUGUUUCUUCUGGGGUGAAUGUGGUGAUGGUCCACAUUUUCUUUCUCUUGGGUCAUGGCAUAACCAAACAAAGCGUGGAGCUGUUGAAUGAAACUCCAGCUAUCAUAUCUUCUGCAGCAGCAAUUCUUCGGCUCUGGGACGACUUGGGAAGUGCAGAGGAUGAGAAUCAAGAUGGGCACGACGGCUCAUACAUACGGUGCUACAUAAACGAACACCAAGGCUGUUCGAUUGAGGACGCACAAGAAAUUACUAUUAAUUUGAUUUCAGAAGAAUGGAAGCGCCUGAACAAAGAAUUGGUGUCUCCUAAUCCGUUUCCAGUCGCAUUCACCAACGCUUCCCUUAAUCUUGCAAGAAUGGUGCCAUUGAUGUAUAGCUACGAUCAAAACCAAUGCCUUCCCUCGCUGAAGGAGUAUAUGAGAUCGAUGCUGUAUGAAACUGAAUCUGUGUAAUAUAUAUUCUUCCUCGUUUCUGGUCA